AAAAUCAUCAACCGUUCUGCAAGAAUUCCUGAAGAAAAUGGAAGAGAAUGGCGAUGUGCAAACGAUGGUGAAAUUGGAAACGGAAUGGAAGGACUACAAGACCUCUCUCGGAAAACAUUAUGAUAAAAGCGAGAACAAUUUGAGAAUGGCAAUAUUUGAAAGUAACGAAAUAUUGACAGAAAAGAUAAAUAGAAAAUAUAAAAAAGGCUUGCUUACUUAUACAACUGCUUUGAAUGACUUGGCUGAUUUGGAUAGUUGCCAUGCAUUUGCUGUAGCUGCUGUCUUGAAAAGUUAUGAGAUGAGAGUUGGGAACCUUAUCGAUUUAUCCCUGCAAAACACUGUUCACUGGAACCUCGCUAAUUGGGUUGUAGCGGAGGCUUCAUGUCUACGAUUUUAUUAUCCAAUCAAGAGGAAACGAGAUGGAAGAUGGAAGAAUUCAAUGGCUGUUGGAAAUGUGAUCACAUUUUCAUGGCUGACUCCGCUUAUACUGCAAGUUCUUCUACAACUGCGUCAUUGCAAAAAGGCACUAUUCAAUGGAGCUAAUGCCUUAAUAUGCGGAGUAAUGCGUUUAUUUCAGUGGCACUUGAGGAAGAGUUCAGAGACACGAAAACCUCUCGGCACCGUUUCCUCACAUGGAAAGCUAAAAGCACAAAUCCCAGGAUGGGGAUCUUCUGGUGGUCAUUCCGCCUUGCUCGGAUAA